AUGAACGGUCAACAGUCCCAUGGCAAUUCUGGCAUCGCCGGCGACGUUUCUGCCGAAGAGGCGCGUCUCCGCGCGGCGAUGAAACAUCUCAAGCUCCUGCACAUCAAGUCGCGCCUUCUGAGAGGCACCAUCCCGCGAAUGCUGGACCCCCUCGUGCAGAAGCACCCAUCUCCCGAGGUCAUGUUUGCGACCGCCAUGAAGGCUGUUCAUGAGGCCCAGGAAAGCGUCAAGGAAUUCACCGAGCUCAUGCGCGAUGAGACGAGCAAGGACGUAUUCGCCAUGGCCGACAAGAGCAAGGAGGAAAACCCAUUCGGCAUCAAGCCCUGGCGCCACCAGGACCACCCCAACUGGUUCAACUUGGACAAAGACGACUAG